UGAUUCUACGUAAUCUCUUGCAGAAUAACACCCAGGAUUCGGUUUCAUGGUUGUAAUGGAUUACGAUUAUGACCUUAGGGAGGUGUGUGACGUCCUUGAGGGCGAAUUCUCAGCCCAUAAGAGUACCUGUGCAAUUGUACAUGAGGGUGACGAUGCUAAGUGUGUAGCUUAUGCUGUACACUUGAUUGGCGUCGUUCUCAAUUGCACGGAUAUGUUUGAUGAUAAACAUAUCCUUUUGCUAUGCAAGCGUACUGCUUGGGAGGCAGCGAUGUCAGCAAAUUAUAUCAACAUAGAUAUAUUGACCAAUUGUAGCCAUCCUUGUCCAUAUAUCAACAAUAACCUUAAAAAGGUCGAAUAUCGCAACACACUGCUAGAUUGUAUCAUUAGUCAUGCAUUUGGAUUAGAUGCUUUGGUAAACUGUGCUCCUACGUCCAACGAUUUUGAAGGUGCUGGGUCCGACAACGUUGGCACAAAUACAUCCAAUUUGGGAAGUGAUAUGCAUACUGAACUAUGUAGCAGCGUCGGAGAUUACACUGGUACAACAUCAAGCGGAACUCUAGAAGAACAUGGGCGUUCUAUGUCUCAAUCGCGCUUUCGAGCUUUUCUACAGCAUAUAGCGGAAUCUGACCAGGCCAGGGAACUUGCCAUCGACGGAUUGAUUGUACGAUUUGUGGACAAUGGGCCAUGUAAAUUCUUUGGUAAUUUUGCACCUGUGGAAUUCAAUCGAUUUGUGGAGCCUGAAAUGGAGACGAAGUGGAACUUUAUCCAGGGUGCUAAUGAAAUGUGUUCGCACCCUGAUAAGAUUGGUAUGACUGUUGUAGCUGGGCUUUCACAUAUGAAUUUAAACAAAAAAUCAAAACCCCCCGCCCCAAUAAAGACAAAGAGUAAAUAUAAUCAAUACAAAAAAGUAAAGCAAGAACCUGAAAAACCACAACGUCAUCCAUUUGAUGAUACAGACAAUCAAUCAUGGGAACAUGUAGCACUUAAGCGUGCAAUGUUAAGAGGAUAUGCACUGUGCAUCACCGUCACACUCAAUGCGUUGGAUAUCAAUCUGGCAAGGUCAAAGUCCCAGCCGUUGAGUAUACCGAAAUUCUACCUGAUAGAAUCCUUGCCUAAAGAGCAUAGCGACCAUGCAUCGUUUACUAGGUUUUUACGCAGUAGAUUUCAGCAUCUUUACAAACUCGGAUAACUUUUUCUAACCCUUUUGGCUAAUUUCGAAGUCUUUUGC